AUGGAUGCUGUCGGGUUCGGCCCCCCAUUCGGUGUCGCUGGUGGUCUCCACACACUCGGGCUCGGGCUCGGGCUCGGGCUGAAGGAGAUGCCAUGUCACUACGCAAAUCAAGAUGCCCGGAUAGAUGUGCGAUUGGAAGUAGCAUUGAGAAAAUGGGCACUUCUGAUUACACCUUCGGCAACGACCGAUGUUGAGCCUUAA